AUGAGCGCCCGCCUCUUCUCCGCCGCCGCGCGCAGCGCCGCCCGCGCCCCGGCCGCCCGCUCCACCGUCCAGCGCCGCUUCGCCAGCACCACCGACAACGCUUUCGUCAGGGAGCGCGAGGCUGCCAAGCACCACGCCGCCGGCACCACUGAACUCUGGCGCAAGAUCUCCAUCUACGCCUGCAUUCCCGCCCUCGCCCUCGCCGGCGCCAACGCCUACGUCCUCUGGAACGAGCACUGGGAGCACUGGAGCCACAUGCCCCCUCUGGAGGAGCGCGUUGAGUACCCCUACCAGAACAUCCGCACCAAGAACUACCAGUGGGGUAACGGUGACAAGACCCUCUUGUACGUGUUCAUCCCUCCUGCGGGCUAUGAGAGAACGGGCAAGUAUGCUAACGUGGUCCACAGCUGGAACGACUCCGUCAACUACCACAACAAGGACAAGGCUUAA